CAGCGUGGAUGACGUCAUGGGCGCCCACAUUUGGGCUGGUCUCGGCUCUCUGGCUGUAGCGGUCUGCCUCCGGCACUGAUUUUUUUUCUCUUGACAUUUCCAUGGUAACUGUCCUGUCGGUGGUCUGAUCAGCAGCGGGGAGCCGGUUGGGUUCGAGGAUGGAGCUCGAGGAGAAAAACCAAGACUCCAAAUACGGGGAGUCGAAGAAGUUUGACCCCAACUUCAAAGGGCCGAUCCAGAACAGGGGCUGCACAGAUAUCCUCUGCUGCAUUCUCUUCAUUAUUGCCCUGUUGGGGUACUUCGCCGUGGGCAUCCUGGCCUGGUCUCAGGGAGACCCCAGGAAGGUGAUCUAUCCCACAGACAGCAGAGGGCAGUUCUGCGGGCAGGCCGGGACGCCUCUGGAGAAGAAGCCUCUCCUGUUCUACUUCAACAUCCUGAAAUGUGCGAGUCCCCUGGUGCUGCUGGAGUUCCAGUGUCCCACCACACAGCUCUGCGUGGAGAAGUGUCCCGACCGCUUCCUUACGCUGGUUAACGCCAAGAUCGGCAAAAAGGAAGACCAGGACUACUACCGGAGAUACUGCAAGGAGGGCGUGGACUUUGCCAAAUCGAGUCCUGAGAUCCUGAGGGACGGCCUGUGCCCCGCCAUGCUGAUGCCCAGCAAAGCUUUCACGCGCCGCUGCCUCCCCGCCCUCAGGACCAUGAAAGGUGGCGUGGUGGUGGUGGGCAAUGAGACCACGUUCUAUGAUGGCGAGAGCGCCACCAUCAACGCCUCUCAGCUGCUGGAGGCGUCCAAGAAGUCAAACAUCGCCGUUGAGGCCCGUGAGGUGGCCAUGAGGAUCUUCGAGGACUAUACGCAGUCCUGGCACUGGAUCUUACUCGGCCUGGUGAUCGCCAUGGUGGUCAGCCUGGUCUUCAUCUUCCUGCUGCGAUACCUGGCGGGCGUCAUGGUGUGGGUCAUCAUCGUUCUGGUCGUCCUGGUCAUCGGAUACGGGAUUUACCACUGCUACAUGGAGUUUGCGAGCCUGAAGGGGGAGCCCGGGGCCAACGUGACGAUCCGGGACCUGGGCCUGCAGACGGACUUCUCGGUGUACCUGCAGAUCCGGCAGACGUGGCUGGCCUUCAUGAUCAUCCUGGCUGUGGUGGAGGCCGUGGUCAUCCUGCUGCUCGUCUUCCUCAGGAAGAGGAUCCUGAUCGCCAUCGCUCUCAUCAAAGAGGCCAGCAGAGCCAUCGGCCACGUCAUGUCGGCGCUCUUCUACCCGCUGCUGACCUUCGUCCUGCUGGCUGUAGUCAUCGCCUACUGGGCCGUUACUGCCGUCUUCCUGUCGACGUCUAACAAGCAGGUGUACAAAGUCUUCAACAACUCCGAGUGUCCGUUCUCCAGGGACACCUGUGACCCCCAGACCUUCAACGCCUCCAACGCCUCCGCUCAGUGUCCGGACGCAGAGUGCCUGUUUGCCUUCUACGGCGGCGAGACCAUCUACCACCGAUACAGGAUCGUGUUCCAGUUCUACAACCUCUUCCUUUUCUUCUGGUGCGCCAAUUUCGUCACGGCCUUGGGCCAGGUGACCCUGUCAGGGGCCUUUGCGUCCUAUUACUGGGCCUUCAAGAAGCCGAACGACAUCCCUGCGUACCCCAUCUUCUCCUCUCUGGGACGGGCCCUCAGGUACCACACCGGCUCCCUGGCUUUUGGCUCUCUGAUCCUGUCUUUGGUCCAGGUCAUCAGGGUCAUUCUGGAGUAUCUGGAUCACAAGUUAAAAGGUGCUGAGAACAAAUGUGCUAAAUUCCUGCUGAGCUGCAUGAAGUGCUGCUUCUGGUGUCUGGAGAAGUGCAUCAAGUUCCUGAACAGGAACGCCUACAUCAUGAUCGCAAUCUACGGGAAGAACUUCUGCACCUCGGCUCGGGACGCCUUCUUCCUGCUCAUGAGGAACGUGGUCAGGGUGGCCGUUUUGGACAAAGUGACGGACUUCCUGCUGUUCCUUGGGAAGCUCCUCAUCGUUGGCAUUGUGGGGAUCUUCUCUUUUUUCUUCUUCUCUGGGAGAAUCAAAGCUGUGGAGGAGGCUGCACCGUCUCUCAACUACUACUGGGUGCCCAUAAUGACAGUGGUGGUGGGAGCGUACCUGAUCGCCCACGGCUUCUUCAGCGUCUACGCCAUGUGUGUGGACACUCUGUUCCUCUGCUUCUGUGAGGACUUGGAGAGAAACGACGGCUCCUCAGAGAAGCCUUACUUUAUGUCUCUGGAGCUGCAUGAGAUCCUCUCCAAAGUGACCAAGACGGAGGAAGAGUGCAAUGGUGUAGAGCAGGCGGAUGCCGCCAGACAGGCGGACGAGGAGACACCUCUUCAGCAGGACGGAGAGGUCCAGCUGAAGCAGCAGCCGGUGCUGACGCAGGAGAACGAGCAGGAGCAGCUCCUGCAGUCCGACACCCAGGCCUUAGCUCCAAAGGAGGGCACUGAGGAGGAGAAAGCCAGCGAGGCAGAGGAGGCAAAAAAGAGCGAAGAAGAACAAGCAGAGCUGAAGAAAGUGGAAGAGAAGCCAGAAGCAGAGGAGAAGCCAGAGGAGGCGCCAGCUGCUGAGGCGGCGAAGGAGGAUGCUGGAGAAAAGAUGGAGGAGAAGGCGGAGGAGAAGGCGGAGGAGCCUGCGCCCGCUGUACAGGAGUAGCGGUCGCAUAGGAGGAGGCGAUUGGAGCGUGGAGUUUCGUGAUAUGGACCUGUUUCAUGUGUGGCAGACAAGCUAAGACUUCAGAUGCGAGCGGAGGAACGUCGGCCGUCGGAGAGGCGGGGGCAGACCGGGAAGCCCGGGGGCAUCUGCGUAGCUUGGAAAAAAAAAAGCUCCGUUGUGUUGGUUUUUGGGCAUUGUUGGGUUGUUUUCAUAUUGUGAAGAUUUGUAGAACAUAGUGAGUGCUGAACACGUGCCUGAUGAGCGUCAGUGUUUGUCGUCUUAACCCCGAUCCCGAAUGCACUACGGAACCACGGAAGAACCCUGUUUACGGUCCACCGGACCCCUCCAUCACCUGUUUACAACUCGACCAGCUGACGCCAAAACCGCUCCGCCACCUCCACGCGUUCUGGAUCUUUCUUCCUGGGAGGCUCGCGUAGAUGCAUUCGCCGUGUUUUUGUCGUGUCGUGGCGACCACGGCGGAGACUUUUUUGGGAGCUGCCUUUCUUGUUUACAGACUGCCUUGCUCUGCCUGUCCCUCCCCACCUCAGCCUUUCUCUGAGUGCUGCAUGACAUUGACCGGCCUUCUGAAUGCUUUGCUACUAACAGUGUAAGUGUCUCGAUGCUUCUGUGUUUCUUGACUGUCGUCGUUCUCUAGCUCCUGGAUGUUAACGCCACUUAAAGGCGACUGUAAAUCAGCGUAGUGGAUAAAAUGUGACUCCCCAGACGCUUCUGUGUUUGAAAAAGCCUCAGAAUCCAGAGACGUUUGGUCUGUGGACACAAAAGUAAUCGUACAAGUCACAGUGGGUUGUUGUCAUUAUUGGCUUGUGAGCCCUAAAAAGGCGGUGAGUACACGUGAACCCUGAGCAGACGUUCAUGUUUGCUCAAAAUGUGUGAAUAUUUCAGAUCCAGAGAGAAACAAAAAUUAAAAAAAGUCUUUGUCCUUAAA